GAAGACAAGCCUUCGCCAAGUUCUCGCGAGGUUAGGACGAACAACACGCGGAAGUCAACCGGAAGUCAACCGUUCGUCCCCGCGCGCUCGUCUUGUCAAAACGCGUUUUAUCAGCGUUUCAACAGACCGAAAUGGGGAAAGCCGAUUUCCUCUCGCCCAAGGCGAUAAGUAACCGGAUAAAAUCCAAAGGGCUCCAGAAACUGCGGUGGUAUUGUCAAAUGUGUCAAAAACAAUGCCGAGAUGAGAAUGGCUUCAAGUGUCACUGCAUGUCCGAGUCCCACCAGAGGCAGCUGCUGCUGGCCUCGGAGAGCCCACACAAGUUUAUGGACUUCUUUUCCAAUGAGUUCAAAAGUGGUUUUGUGGAGCUGCUGCGGCGGCGUUUCGGGACAAAGCGCGUUCACAACAACAUCGUGUACAACGAGUACAUCAGUGACCGCGAACACAUUCACAUGAACGCCACGCGCUGGGAGACGCUCACCGACUUCACCAAGUGGCUCGGACGACAAGGUCUUUGCAAGGUGGACGAGACGCCCAAGGGCUGGUACAUCCAAUACAUCGACCGCGACCCCGAGACCAUCCGGCGGCAGGAGGAGCUGGCGAGGAGGAAGAAGCACGAGCUGGACGACGAGGAGCGCAGCGCCAAGUUCAUCGAGGAGCAAGUCCGCAGAGGGCGCGGGGCCAAGGAGGAGGAACAAGACCCAGUUUACACCGAGCUGAAGCGAGAGAGCGAAGAGGAAAAAGUUGCUUUCAAUUUGGGGGCCGGUGCAUCACUGGCUGGUCCUUCUACAUCAAGUUCCCUCCUGGCCACGAGUGCUCUGGCAAAGGCGUCGUCGACAAAGAGGAAAGAGCCGUCCUCGGCGUCCGACUCGCGGGACAAGAAGCGCAAGUCGGCCCUGGAGCAGAUCAUCGAGAUGGAGGAGAGGAAGAAACAGCAGCAGCAGCCGCUCAAGACUGACCAUUGGCUGCAGCCCAACAUCGUGGUCAAGGUGGUCACCAAGAGGCUGGGGGACAAGUACCACAAGAAGAAGGCCGUCGUCACGGAAAUGCGAGAUCCAUUCACGGCGGUGGUGAAGAUGAUCGACUCGGGGGACAAACUCAAGCUGGACCAGAACCACGUGGAGACGGUGAUACCCGCGCCGGGAAAACGCGUCAUGAUCGUCAACGGAAACUUCCGCGACACGGAGGCCGUGCUGGAGGGCAUCGACGAAAAGAACUUCUGCGCUUCGCUCACGCUCGAUUCCGGUCCACAGAAAGGAAAGCGAGUGGACGUGGCCUACGAGGACUUCUCCAAACUGGCUUGAACAUAACUCCCCCCCCCCCCCCCCUCUAAAGAUCUCUACUAUGUCAGAGUUCUUGACUCUCAAAUCUUGACAGACGUUUCUUCAUCUUGUAGCCACCGUUUAUUUUGAAUCACAAACAAGUCGAGGCGACAAAUUGUACAGACGAUGUUUAGCUUUUCAACUCAAUUCAAUGCGGCAAAUGAUUUCAACUCUAAAAUGAAGCAACUCGAAAACAGGACAUGAGUUUUUUCUUUUUCUUUUUCCUGGCACUUGUUGACGGCUCCUCUAUUCCAUCGAGACAAAGCCGUGGAGGUCCGGCACGACGUAGUCGCUGUAGUGGCCGUCGAUGAAUCCUUUGCCGCUGUUGUGCACGAACCAGCAGAAGACGUCGGUGCCGCGCCGCUUGUCCCGUCUGUAGUCCUUCUGCCAGCCCCUGGGGGGCGCAAGCGGCAAACGGGCGCCGUUAAAAAGCCAAACUUGGGAAGGGGUCUCGACGGUUUGGUACCUGGUGACGUGCAGCUUGUUGCCCUUCACCUCCAUGGUGGCCUCCUUCUUUUGGGGGUCGGCGCCAUCGUGGAUGUCGGAAAUGCUGACUUCGGGCUCCCGUGAGAACUGACCUUGGGGGGCCAGACGCACGCGCGCGCUCAACUUUUUCGUGUUUUGGAUCAACAUUAACCUCAGCACGUUUACAAUAAAUUCUGUGUUUUUUGCAAACGAUCUCCAGUCUAAAUUGAUUGCGAGGAAAUACAGUGGUGCCUUGACGGCUUAGUGUAAGCACAGAACUCGCUUUACUUGAAUAUCAAAGGAACCUCUCGUCCCCCCC